AUGGCAUACCAUGUUAAUAGACCAAUUACGGCGCAGUUGGAAGUGCAUUAUGCCCAGAACAAAGAAUCCGGGAACUCAAAGAUAGUCGGUACUUUGCUAAGAGUUCACCAGGGGUCUCAGGGAUCGGACAGCGAUUCCACUAGCGUUAAUAAUUAUAAUCAUAGUAAUAGUAGUAACAGGCAUGAGUACGAGAGGAAAGCGCUGGACCUAUAUAACGGUGCAGAGGGGUCUCAGGGAGCAUUUGCAGAGGGAUCUGCACCAAGAUCAGACCGUGAUGAGAAUGGCAGUUUAGAUACACAUGGACAUCGCGGUGGACACCAGAUUCACUCUUUGGAAACAAGUUUGUCUAAUAGUAUGAAGGUGUGCGACUUCUAUCAGUGUGUCCACAGCCAUCACUACCACCAUCACGACGAUUGGUUUGUCCAUAUCCCUGCUUGCGCUCGUAGAUUCAGCGAGAGCAAUUUGGCUAGACUUCCAAUACAUUUCCAGCAGCUAAAGAAUCAAGAGGCGUUGGAUGCACAGGGUACCCAGAGUUCCCAGGGGUCCCAUGUGAACCCAGAUCAUGUUGAUGAAAGCAGACAAGCCACAUACUCCACUCCAAGGCGUGUCGUUUCUUGCUCUACCGAACACGCCGAUCUGGCCCACGCAAACGUGCAACUAACAUCAGUCCCGGAAUCGGAACAGGCACAGUUCAAUCUAGUAAACCCCUUCAGGAAGCACUACAACCUUGCCUCAACAGAAAAAUCCCCAAAUCCCCCUAGCAUUGAAGGACAUAGCGAUGAAGAUAGCUACGAAAGAUUAUCCCCAAUGGACUCAGAUCCAAUGGAAAGUGAUAAUGGCAGUAUUAGUAACAACUACAACAGCAGCACUCCUCCAGAAUCAAUACAUGCAUGCAGGAUCGACAAUUCGUCUAAUCCUGGCUCCUUAGAUGACGAAACAAAUCAAGCAUCUUUGGAUCUAUCAUCUCCAUGUACUAAGCAUCAUCACAGAAGAAACUCUCUGGCUGUGAUAUUUAAGAAACCAAGGUUUAAAUCCGUAUAA